UUCAACCGGGAGAAAGAUCAACAACACCUGAGAAGUAAAUGCAAAAUAGAUACCAGUGAGGAAGAGUGAAGUGGUUUGACUGAAGGGAAGGGGUGACAGGCAUCAUCUAAAAAUGUUCAACAUUUAUCUCAGGCUAUUAUUUCCAAAUGAGGUCACAGUCAAAACAAAAAAAAGGAAGACUGAGUGGGAUAUUGAGUAAGAGCUCAGUUUUGGAGAAGGCGGCGGGGGGGUGAUAUAACAGUUUAGUUGAGUAACUUAACUCAGGAAGUUGGUAAAGGCUAAACUGAGAAGUUGCAAGGAUUUAUUUAAACCCCAGACAGAGGCAGUCCCCCAGCCAUUUGUUGAUUGUCUGAUUGUCAAACCAACAGGCUCAAGAUUCAGAAUGAAUAUCCAUGUUCUGUUCUUCUGCGUCUUAUCAGCAGGAUUAUUUGACAAAAAUACUCAUCUCAUCAACGCACGAACAAACCUUUAUACAAAGGUGGAAGGCGAAGACUUCAGAUUUGAACUUGACACUGAAGUAACUGCAGGAAGCAGAAAAUAUAUCUGCAGGAAUGACAGUGAAAAGGAAGACAUCCUCAUUGAAACUACUGAAAACAGAGCUGAGAAUGGCAGAUACAUAAUAAGAUAUGACAUAAGUGACAAGAAAGUGCGCGCAGUCAUCAAAGAGCUGACCCAGUCUGACUCUGGACGGUACAAAAUUGGUGUGAGCAAUUCUUCGUCCAUGAAUUUAUUUCAGGAAGUAGAGCUCAACGUUAGAGAACUCUGUGAAGAAGAUAUCACCAAUGGUAAACCCAAAGUCUACAGUGCUACUGUGGGAGGGGAAGUUACAAUCAGAUGCCUCUUGCCUUUACAUCAACUAAACAUAAAGUUCCUCUGUAAAGAUGAAUGUAAAAAAAUGAUCAUCAACACAAAUAAUUUCACAGUUAUGAAUGGCAGAUAUGAAAUUGAGUAUUGGAGUAACAUGGGCUUUAAUGUGACCAUCACAAGCCUAACCAAGUCGGACUCGGGGCGGUACAAGUGUGGCGUGCGAAAAAAAGAUGCAAAAAAUACAUGCCUGGAAUUUGAGAUCUCAGUGACAGAUGGUAACAUCCUGCUGCUGGCUGUAUGCGUGACUGUGGUUGUGGUGCUACUCGCUGUUUUUGUUCUGCUCUUCUACAAACUGAAGAUAAAGCGUAAUGUUCAGUAUGUGAACACGAGAGGUAAUGGAAGAAAUAUGGAGGUUGCUGUCUAUGAUGAUGUUGCUGACGUUUACCAAUGGCCCGCUGAUGGGUCAACAUACCAGGAGCUCAGCAGCAGGGAAGAGCCUCUGUACUCUUUACUUGAGCCUCCACCAAACACAAAUCUGCACUGAUAAUCAAUAGAUUAUAUUCGUUUUUGUUUUCGAGUGGAACGUGUCUUUUUCUUUUCCUCACAUUGUUUAUAAAUUUAGUUGGAAAAGAAGCAGAAGGGCAAAGUGUAUGGAUUUACUUUGGUAAAUGUUUUAUUCAGUUAAAAGUAAGUGUUACCUGGUUAGUUAUGGAGUAUUCAGUAAAGAUGUAGUACUUUCUAAUGUUAUUUUUGCUGCACGUGACAAUAAAGCUUAACAGUACGAACAGUUAGGAGAGUUUUAGUUUUUGUCGUGUCUACAUAAUGAAAUAAAGAGAAAAAAACAUAAAAUCAACAUUAGCCUUCACUGGUUUAUUGCUACAACCCACACUAUAGAAAUGUCUCAAGUCAAUGAGUGUGAAGUUAAAUUUCAUUGUUUAAAUAAAAUUGGAUCCCCUUAAAUGCGGUCCUGUGAA